AUGCUCAUGCACCACGACCCCUACCUCCCACCAGUCCCAACCAUGGCUCUGCGUGCCUCCGUCUUCAUCUUCCCCGGCAUUCCCUGGACCGCACCCAAUGGCAAGCCAGGUGCCCCGUGGUCCCCGAUCUCGAGCACGCUCGUUCACACACCAACAUCCGCCGUCCUCGUCGACACACCCAUCACCAGGUCCCAAACCGCCGACCUCAUAACCUGGAUCGAGCAAACGCUCCACCCCGGCGCCCAAAUCACGUACAUCUACAUCACCCACGGGCAUGGCGACCACUGGUUCGGUCUGAACAUGCUACUCAAAAAUUCCCCACCGCCAGACCCGUAG